AUCUGUUUCCUCCUAUUUGCUGUUCUCUACAUAGUUUCUUACUUCAUAAUCACAAGAUACAAAAGGAAAGCAGAUGAGCAAGAGGAUGAAGAUGCCAUCGUUAACAGAAUAUCGCUGUUCUUGAGCACCUUCACUCUAGCAGUUUCAGCUGGUGCAGUCCUGCUUCUACCUUUCUCAAUAAUCAGCAAUGAGAUCCUGCUUUCUUUUCCACAAAACUACUAUAUUCAGUGGUUAAAUGGCUCACUAAUUCAUGGCUUAUGGAAUCUUGCCUCUCUUUUUUCAAAUUUAUGCUUGUUUGUGUUGAUGCCCUUUGCCUUUUUCUUCUUGGAAUCAGAAGGAUUUGCUGGCUUAAAAAAGGGCAUCAGAGCACGCAUUUUGGAAACCCUUGUAAUGCUUAUUCUUCUUGCACUGCUUAUCCUUGGAAUCGUAUGGGUGGCUUCAGCACUCAUAGACAAUGAUGCUGCCAGUAUGGAGUCUUUGUAUGAUCUCUGGGAAUUCUACCUCCCGUAUUUAUAUUCCUGUAUAUCACUGAUGGGAUGCUUGUUACUUCUGUUAUGCACCCCAGUGGGGCUUUCACGGAUGUUUACAGUAAUGGGUCAGUUGCUGGUGAAGCCAACAAUCCUUGAAGACCUAGAUGAGCAGAUGUACAUCAUCACUUUGGAGGAAGAAGCAAUUCAGAGGAGGCUUAAUG